AUGAUGGAUGACGACGACUUUGACGAUGAUUUCGACCCGCGCGGGCGCAGCAUGCAAGAACUCGGAAACGACGGGCCACUCGACUUCGAUGAUUCCUUCGAUGGUGGUCACGAGAUCGAAGGACAAUUUGAUGACUCCGAUAUUGAUGGCGAGGAGCUGGAGGAAGAAGUCGAGGACCAAUUCGACGACGAAGAAGACCCCGACCAAGAGAUGCACGAUCGAGAAAAAUCACCCUCCCCCUUACCACCCAACUUGCGCGAGAUCUCAUCUCUCGCUUCCUGGACCGUCUCCACCUCAAAGCCGGGCUGCGGCGUCGCGGCCCUCCGCAACCCUUCCCCGGCACAAUACUGGCAAUCCGACGGACCACAACCGCACACCUUAACCCUUCACUUCUUCAAAUUGGUAGCUGUUGUGCGCAUCCGCGUAUAUCUGGAUUUUGAGCUUGACGAAAGCUACACGCCCACGAAAAUGAUUUUCGCAGCCGGGAUGGGCGGCAACGACCUCGUCGAGUUCGCAACUUGGGAAGGAGACGGUCCAUGCGGCUGGGUCGAUGUGCCACUAGAGGGCGUCGGCGGUAGAAACGGCGGAUGGGUGCGCAAUGACCCUGGGAAAUCGAAACGCCGCUCUACGAGUAUGCGUCGACGAACAAUUGUGUACCGAAACUGUGAUGACCCUGACCAUGAACAUGAUGAUGAGUGUGAUCCGUUUUAUGAGAUUGAUGAGCCUGAUAGCCAGGAUGAUGAGGAUGAUCACUAUUCAGGGAAUGUGCUCAAGGCUAUGGUCAUCCAGAUGCGCAUUAUGGAGAACCAUCAGAAUGGCAAGGAUACCCAUGUUCGUGGAUUCCAAGUAUUUGCUUGUGAUGAUAGUCGUCGUCGGAUGGCCGCUGCUCCGUCGGCUUCUGCUGAUGCUCGGCGCCGUCGUCCGUCCCUACGUGGGGCUCAUGAUCUUCGUGGACGUACCGCAAGUGAAGAUGCUGAUACUGGAUUUACUACUACCGGUCUAGACGAGCCGGAUUGGAUGGGCGAGCCAGUGAUUCGAUAA